AUGCUUUUGAUCAUGAACCCCAGCGGCUCCUCCUCGGGCACGGAGCCCACCCCCGUGAACGGCACCGCGGGGAACGUCCCCGGAAGCUUCAACAGCAAGAUCCUCAUCCCCAACGUGGCCAUCCUCCUGUCGGCGCUGGUGGGGCUGGCGGGAAACGGCGUGGUGCUGUGGCUCCUGGGCUUCCGCAUGCGCAGGAACUCCUUCUCCGUCUACAUCCUCAACCUAGCCGCGGCCGACUUCCUCUUCCUCUGCUGCCACGCGAUCGAUUCCACGCUGGUCCUCGUCAAGUUCUCCCACCCCGCCGUCGUCUUCCUCCCCUGCUUCACCACCGUCAUGAUGGUCCCCUACAUCGCCGGGCUGAGCAUGCUCAGCGCCAUCAGCACCCAGCGCUGUCUGUCCGUCCUGUGCCCCGUCUGGUACCGCUGCCGUCGCCCCAAACACACCUCCACCGUCAUGUGCGCCCUGCUCUGGGUCCAGGCCCUGCUCUUCGGCAUCCUGAACCGAUACUACUGUGGCUUCUUGGAUAAGAAGUAUGAGAGCCCACAGUGCCUGGCUUCUAACUUCUGCGUGGCGGCCUGCCUGAUGUUCUUAUUCGUGAUGCUCUCGGCGUCCAGCGGGGCCUUGCUGGGCAGAGUCCUGUGUGGCGCCGGAAAGAUGAAGUUGACCCGGCUAUACGUGACCAUCCUGCUCACCGUGCUGGUCUUCCUCCUCUGCGGCAUGCCCUUCGGCAUCCACUGGUUCCUACUGAUAUGGAUCCAGAUUGACUUCAGCGCCAUCUCCUACGGCCUGUACCUGACCUCCGUGGUCCUCUCCUCCGUCAACAGCUGCGCCAACCCCAUCAUCUACUUCUUCGUGGGCUCCUUCAGGCAGCAGCUGAAGAAGCAGACCCUCAAGCUGCUCCUCCAAAGGGCGCUGCAGGACACGCCCGAGGGCGAAGGAGGUGGAAGCAGCCUUCCCCAGGGCACCUUAGAGGUGUCGGUAAGCAAAGGGGAGCCAUGA